AUGUAUGAGUGGAGAAGGCCCUUGAAGUUACAUGAACUUCUAGAAGAAUUAGAACAUCCCGAUAGAAUUCCCGUUCUUCCUGAUGGCUUAGUACUUUAUCCACCAGAGAACGCAAAUGAUGACGUCACAGAUUGUGAUUCGGGAGAUGAAGAGUUUAGAUCACUGAGUAAUCCUCCAGGAAGUCAACUGAGAAAUGAUGUGGAAAUAAUCGGAGACGCCAUGAGUAUUCAAAAUAGGCCGCCUAGCGUAAUAUCAUCGAUACAGGAAGACUAUGAGCAGUUGUAUGACUCUGAAGAUGAUAUACCUCUAUCACAACCUUAUCCCAAAGCAUCAGCAUCCAAUCUAGAAGGUAUGUACAUGCCCUCGUUCGAUAAAAAAGCUCAAGACACUAUCAUGGACUAA